AUGUUUGAGCCCACUGUCGCGUCCAAACUGUCCUCCAGUACUCCCAACGGCCAUCAGUCCUCCGUAAACCCCAACGGCCAUCAGGCCUCCAGUACUCCCAACAGCCAUCAGUCCUCCAGUACUCCCAACAGCCAUCAGUCCUCCAUAAACCCCAACGGCCAUCAGUCCUCCAGUACUCCCAACAGCCAUCAUAACCCCAACGGCCAUCAGUCCUCCAUAAACCCCAAUGGCCAUCAGUCCUCCAGUACUCCCAACAGCCAUCAGUCCUCCAGUAGUCUCAACAGCCAUCAGUCCUCCAGUACUCCCAACAGCCAUCAGUCCUCCAAUACCUCCAAUGGUCAUCAGUCCUCCAGUAACCCCAACGGCCAUCAGGCCUCCAGUACUCCCAACAGCCAUCAGUCCUCCAGUACUCCCGACAGCCAUCAGUCCUCCAGUAACCCCAACAGCCAUCAGUCCUCCAGUAACCCCAACGGUCAUCAGUCCUCCAUAAACCCCAAUGGCCAUCAGUCCUCCAGUACUCCCAACAGCCAUCAGUCCUCCAGUAGUCUCAACAGCCAUCAGUCCUCCAGUACUCCCAACAGCCAUCAGUCCUCCAAUACCUCCAAUGGUCAUCAGUCCUCCAGUAACCCCAACGGUCAUCAGUCCUCCAGUAACCCAAACAGCCAUCAGUCCUCCAAUACCUCCAACGGUCAUCAGUCCUCCAGUAACCCCAACGGUCAUCCGUCCUACAGUACUCCCAACAGCCAUCAGUCCUCCAGUAACUCCAAAAGCCAUCAGUCCUCCAGUACUCCCAACAGCCAUCAGUCCUCCAGUAACCCCAACGGUCAUCAGUCCUCCAUAAACUCCAACGGCCAUCAGUCCUCCAGUACUCCCAACAGCCAUCAGUCCUCCUGUAACCCCAACGGCCAUCAGUCCUCCAUAAAUCCCAACGGCCAUCACCAUCAGUCCUCCAGUAGACCCAACGGUCAUCAGUCUUCCAAUACCUCCAACGGUCAUCAGUCCUCCAGUAACACCAACGGUCAUCAGUUCUCCAGUAACCCCAACAGCCAUCAGUCCUCCAGUAACCCCAACAGCCAUCAGACCUCCAGUACUCCCAACAGCCAUCAGUCCUCCAGUAGACCCAACGGUCAUCAGUCUUCCAAUACCUCCAACGGUCAUCAGUCCACCAGCAACCCCAACGGUCAUCAGUUCUCCAGUAACCCCAACGGCCAUCAGUCCUCCAGUACUCCCAACAGCCAUCAGUCCUCCAGUAACCCCAACUGCCAUCAGUCCUCCAGUACUCUCAACAGCCAUCAGUCCUCCAGUAGUCCCAACAGCCAUCAGUCCUCCAGUACUCCCAACAGCCAUCAGUCCUCCAGUAGACCCAAUGGUCAUCAGUCCUCCAAUACCCCCAACGGUCAUCAGUCAUCCAGUAACCCCAAUGGUCAUCCGUCCUCCAGUAACCCCAACGGUAAUCAUAACCCCAACGGUCAUCAGUCCUCCAUAAACCCCAACGGCCAUCAGUCCUCCAGUAGUCCCAACAGCCAUCAGACCUCCAGUACUCCCAACAGCCAUAAGUCCUCCAGUAGACACAACGGUCAUCAGUCCUCCAAUACCUCCAACGGUCAUCAGUCCUCCAGUAACCCCAACGAUCAUCAUUCCUCCAGUAGUCCCAACAGCCAUCAGUCCUCCAAUACCUCCAACGGUCAUCAGUCCUCCAGUAACCCCAACGAUCAUCAUUCCUCCAGUAGUCCCAACAGCCAUCAGUCCUCCAAUACCUCCAACGGCCAUCAGUCCUCCAGUACUCUCAACAGCCAUCAGACCUCCAGUACUCCCAACAGCCAUCAGUCCUCCAUAAACUCCAACGGCCAUCAGUCCUCCAGUAACCCAACGGUCAUCAGUCCUCCAGUAACCCCAACUGCCAUCAGUCCUCCAGUACUCCCAACAGCCAUCAGUCCUCCAGUAGUCCCAACAGCCAUCAGUCCUCCAGUACUCCCAACAGCCAUCAGUCCUCCAGUAGACCCAAUGGUCAUCAGUCCUCCAAUACCCCCAACGGUCAUCAGUCAUCCAGUAACCCCAAUGGUCAUCCGUCCUCCAGUAACCCCAACGUCCUCCAUAAACCCCAACGGCCAUCAGUCCUCCAGUAGUCCCAACAGCCAUCAGACCUCCAGUACUCCCAACAGCCAUAAGUCCUCCAGUAGACACAACGGUCAUCAGUCCUCCAAUACCUCCAACGGUCAUCAGUCCUCCAGUAACCCCAACGAUCAUCAUUCCUCCAGUAGUCCCAACAGCCAUCAGUCCUCCAAUACCUCCAACGGUCAUCAGUCCUCCAGUAACCCCAACGAUCAUCAUUCCUCCAGUAGUCCCAACAGCCAUCAGUCCUCCAAUACCUCCAACGGCCAUCAGUCCUCCAGUACUCUCAACAGCCAUCAGACCUCCAGUACUCCCAACAGCCAUCAGUCCUCCAUAAACUCCAACGGCCAUCAGUCCUCCAGUAACCCAACGGUCAUCAGUCCUCCAGUAGUCUCAACAGCCAUCAUUCCUCCAGUACUCCCAACAGCCAUCAGUCCUCCAGUAUUCCCAACAGCCAUCAGUGCUCCAGUAGUCUCAACAGCCAUCAGUCCUCCAGUAGUCCCAACAGCCAUCAGUUCUCCAUAA